UGUCACGUUUCGGUUGAAUUUAAUUCGUGCCUUUGCAGCUCUAGUAGAAAAUCAUUGAUUGUUAACCUUCAAAUAACAAAUGUAAUCGACGAUGUAGUGCCUGGACCUAGUGGAACCCGUGUUUACACGAUUCUGGUUUGUCGAUUGCGCCGAACUUAAGUGUCGUUGCGUUUACGGCAGAGUUUACGUCAGUUGCGUUUACGUUUUAAAUCGAUUCGGCGAAGAUUAGAUGCUGUGAUUGGCGGAGUUUGCCUCCAUGACGGUUUCCCGCGUUACUCUAACCCCACGUAAGGCGUAACUUCGCAUCGCGCGCUUGCCGCAGCCAGACAAACGAUAGCGAGAAAUCGUAACUGCUGAAAACUUUAGAUCCAGAAAGAAGCAAAAACGGAGUAUAGAAAAAUGUCGCUGCUUGACGACAUACAGCUUAUUGAAGAAGUCAAAAAAUAUCCGCUGCUGUUCGACACUAAUAUUAAAGGUUAUAAAGAUAAUGAAACGAAAGACGCAACGUGGGUGAAAAUUGCUUCGGACCUCCAGGUAAAACCACAGGAAGCCAAAAACAGAUGGCGAAAUUUGAGGGACCGAUUUGUGCGCGAAAAGAAGUUAAUAUCAUCUGAAAGUGGCACUGAUAAAGCACAGAAAGCUGGUCCCUGGCCUUUGCUAGAGCACAUGUCGUUUAUGUGGAAUUUCAUCAUUCACAGGCGUAGAUAUACCAUGAACUCCGUCAAAAAUGAGCAAAAAACUUAUGUACCUAUUGCCCCAAAAAGGGACACAGCGGAAUGGAUGAUAUCUCUGGACUGUGAUGACAAUAACAAAGGUCUCCGCAAUAAAAAUGAUCAAGACGAAUCAAAGUCCAAAAGACAAAAGCUUCUUUCUUGUCAGGAACAAUCUAUGGAAGAAACACCUGAAUUGUACCAUGUUUCCGACGACACACGGAGUCACUCUCAGAAGACAGAGCAAUGUAUCAAUUCACAAUCUUACGUAGCUGACGAACAGCAUUACUUUUGCAUGUCAGUAGCGGAAACGUUACGCAGAUUCACUCAGCGACAAAGCGCAGAGGCAAAGCUAAAAAUUCAACAAAUUUUAUUUGAAACUGAGUUUAGCAAUGCUAAUACUGCUUUUGAGGAUGCCUUCAUAGAUGCGCAUUGAAUAAAUCCAAGAAAAACAAGAACGACAAACGUUUUGUGAGCAAUCGGUAUGUCUAUUAGUUUAUUUAAUUCUUUCAUAUCUUUGUGAACGUGCACAUAAAGCAUGAUUGCCUGCAGGAGUAGACGGUACGUUGAAUGUUGCGUCUCAAUGUAUACUGGUCAAAAUCAUAUAAGAUCUUGCUCCAUAAUGCAGCAUUGAAAAAUUUUGCGAGUGA